AAUUCACUGUUUGUCUUAAGUACCUUUUACCCCUGCUUUUACUUCUGGAUCAUGUUUCACAUUCUAAACUAUGUUGCCGCCUGGUAGUGCUUGGAAUAUUACUCUGCUAGCUUAUUUUCAAGGAUUUAUGUUGCGGUUAACUUAAGGUAGCUACUGAGCAAAAAGGUGGAAACACUUCCAUAAAUGAGGGACAACCUGUAUUGAUGCAGGUGCUUCUACACAGGUGUGGAUCCUGUGGUCAUCCAUGCUCAUAGUACUUGUUUUCAGCUGUAAGAUGCAGUUACACAUGUGUAAAGUAGACUGAGAGACAGCUUGAGGUUAAAUAUAAAUAGUAGAUGUAAAAUAGUUCGUCAUAUGUCCUAAGAUGCUCUGUGUCUGCUGAGGCUUGUGUUCGUAUACCCAGUUUCACCACUCCGCAUACCAUUCGUAUGCGAAGGUUUGGCUGGUGUCAGUGCCUAGUAUAUUUAGCACUGGCAAGGUAAACUGAAAAUAAAGCGCAAAUACCCAGUAUUCUUGUUACACUGAUGCAACCACGCACAAGUUAACGUCCACAACCUGGGUCGAAAAUUAAAUACGGCCGGUAUUUCCCUGAAAGUCUUCGGUAGAAUAUUUAUUGGUGGAUGAAAUGCGAAUUUAUCGAAGAGGGAAAUCAUUACAACAGGCUACCAGCAUAGUUGGUGAAACACCGGUGGCAAAUACUCCGUCGAUGCGGUAAAACGGGGACGCACUGCUUUCUAUUUCAAGACCACGCUGAGUCAGGUAGUUUUUGUGACUUGGAAUAACUCAAACCAACGCUCUGGCGGAUAGGGACGGUUUUGAAAAAUCGGAUGAUACAAACCACAACAAUGGAUUGCUCACCAGACCACUGUGACAGAAUUGAUCCUGACAUGUCAAUAACUGUGCAACAGGACGAAUCGAUUGGUGCAGGGGUUGUCGACGAUGACGACGAAAUUGAAGGGCUUCGCAACAGUUUGAAGGAAAUGGUGCAGGAUCAAGCCGUAAAACCAAAGCUACAGUGCGUCAUGAUGGACCCCUCCUUCUCCAUGGUUACUGUCCAGAGCGAGGACAGCAAGAUUGUGUGGGAAACGGCCUCCAGCAGAUGCUCCUCUCCCUGGGCCUCUGAUGCCAGCACUACCUCAGAGGCCUACAGCAUUCAGGGUUCUGGGACUGCAGGCAAAAUUAUCUUCAUCAUGGACGAGGACAAAAUAAUCAGGAGAAAGAAAAAGACCAGGGGGAAGCGGGGUGAGAAGUUUAAAAGGCUCUCUCCCAGACCCGUAACUCCAGAGCAACUGAAAGGUGCCGACGAAAGGCUGGCAAUGGCAGAGGUGUCUGUGCCUAAUGUAAGUCCUCAAGGUACAGCUGAAAACGAAGAACCAACGCGGCAGGAAGAACACAAGGAGAAAGACUUAUUCAAUAUAGUCUCUGAGGGCUCAGAGAUACUAAACAUCAUAGUUCCCUCAAGGCUCCCAACUGUGGACGAAGAGGAAAGUAGUGAAAUGGCAGAGAACCUGUCUUAUUUGGGGCAAACCGAAAUGGUAAAAUCAUAUCCAGUUAGUGAAGAAACAGAGACAGAGACAGACAGUCAUGAGCUGAAUGUGUUGGCUGAGGCUAAGGGUGGAGAAGAAGAGCAGAGCUCUACGGACAAAGAACCUCUGGAACAAGAUGCAUCACACUGUCCUUCAGUCAGCAAACUAGUGACAAGGGAUGGAACUGGUGGCACAGAUUAUUUUGAGAAGUUCACAUUGCUGGAUGAGACCACUCCACCUGACCUGCCUCUUGAAAAGACGGAGAUCAAGCUUUCAAAUUCUAAUGAGGGAGCAGAGGCAACAGAAAAUCAAGAGCCGUCGGCCUCUAAAAACCCAGAGGCUCUCAGCCUCUCCGGUGAUAUUGCGGGCGCUCAUUUAGAUGACAUUUUUUAUGGUGGUGGCUGUCGUGAUGAACCAGACUGUUCAGCUGCUAAUCAAAAUCUUGCAGAAGGAGAAGAGGAACAUGGCACAAAGGAGGAAGAAGUGCCAAAAUCUCCUCUCAAGGAGAGUGGUUCAGCUUUGUUCGGUAGUGAAGAGAUGAUACUUACUCCAAUUUUCCUCUCGCCUGGGCCUCCAAAAAUUAUUGAUCCAUCCCUCUUAGAGGAGCCAAGAGCAAUGUCGUUCCUUUACACCGAUCUGUAUGAGGAAGCAGUGGGGGACAGGAAGAGGGGUGAGGAGUGCUCAGACGUAGAGAGCACAGUCUCUGAGAGAUCCUUGCGCAAACGGCUAUCCGAUGCAGAUGAUGCAAGUGGAUAUUUAGAAAAAUUUAUUUUAAAAGAUGAAACUCCACUGGUUAAGGAUGAACCCACAAAAGAAGGCAAUGAAGAGGAAAAAUUAAAAAUGUGGCCAGAAAACACAUUGGAACUAAUGGGUUUCCUAACUGGCGUGAAAGAAGAGGCUAUGGAAGAAAAUACAAAGCCAGAUGAAGUAACUGAGAACUUUUUUGUUGCGCCAUAUGAAGAAAAUGAUGAAACAGUGACAUCAGAGAACACAAGAUUAGAGGAUGAAGUGUUUCAGCCCCCUGCUGAGGUUCAAGAAAGUAAACACAUUCAACAGGAAGCGGUGACCUGCCAUGAAAAAUCCAAAGAUAAACCUGAAGAAAUGGUAGUGGAACAGACAGACAGCCCAGAAAAUGAAACAAGCGCUGAGUAUAAGGAAUCAAAAUCUCUUGUGGAGAAAAUGACUGAAAACAAGGAGAGCAAGGAAGAAGAUCUGUCUAAAUAUGUACCCUCCUCAACUGCAGUUGAUACAGGGCCCCAUGGGGCAGAAAUGUGUAUACAAAAAGCCCCGAUGCUCGAUAAAGUAGCAAAAACUGACAUUUCCCAACCAGUAUCUGAAGACACUUCUGAGUCACAGCUACCUCAUGCUGCCUCUGUUGGUGCUACAGAUUUAUUUAUCAAAGGAAAGGAGAAAAUCCCUCAGAGGGAAGAGUCCAGUCCACAUCAAGGUCUUGACAACAGCAAAGGGACAGGCAUUCUGAAAAACACACAUGAAGAUAUAAUCUGUGUGGACAACAAGGAAGUACAAUGUGCUCUGGAAUCUACUGCCACCCAUGCUGAUUGUGAUAAGGUCUCAAAAACGGUUAAGCAAAAAGGGGAAAUGCUAAGCUUAUCACCUUUGCUCCCAGUAAGAACAGUUCAAGAAGAAAACGAGGAGAAAGUAGAGAAAGAUUCAGCUGAAAAAGAGAAAGUUCCAUCUUCACCCCUAGAGGAUCUGCCAGAGUGCUGUAAUGAGGCAUUUAUCACUGAGCCACCUGAGAUGUAUCGAGAUCAGGAUGACGGAAAUGUAGAGGCCACAGCUUAUGAGAUGAUAAACCAGCUAGAAGUCUGUGGGCCCCUAAAAACAGAGACAGAGGAAGUAAAGGAAAACAAAACAGGGGAACAGUCUGAACAUGGCUUUGACUCUGUGGAAGAGCCAACCAGAGAUUCAUCAUCCAAGGAGGCAGUUGAGGUAGACAAUGAGUGUGCUGAGGUUGUGGAUGAGACACCCUUGGAGGAAGAUAAACAAGAAAAUGAUUCCAAAAUGUCAAGAUUUAGAUUCUGCGUGGUGUGCCGAUGCAUAAUUUCAUCUUUAAAUACACCUUUUGGUGAACAUAAAGGCCAUGAUGUGUCAACAUUGGAUAAGGCAUAUGAUGACAUAAAGGGGAAACUGAAACAGUGGAUAUCAGUUUUACAAGGAAGGUCCGAAAAGAUUGAGGACUUGGUGUCUGAGUUGGAGCAGGCAUACAAUUCAAUAGAGGACAACUGUAAAACCAACGCGCAGUCGCUGGAUGAGCAGAAUGAGGAGAUGGUGAAGGCAGUGGUGGAGCAGUACAAUGAGAUGUCUCGCAGCAUGGCGGAGAAGAAGAGGCUCAGGCUGGAGCGGCUCGGCAUCCAGAUCGGAACGUUCCAGGAACGCAUCGAGUCUGCCAAGGAAGCUCUGGAAAGGGAGGCCAAGGAGGUGGAGAAGCCCGACCCGCCCUCCCUCGUAUCUUCUUCCAAAGACAUUAACAAAAGCCUGAGCAGAGCCCUGGAGUCCACUUUGUCUCUAGAGCCGGUGCUUGAGAACUACAGCAGAGGCCCUGAGGGCAGAGGACAGAAGGUUUUGAAAGACAUCCUGGUUCCACGAGAGCCAUACUUGCUGGUACAGGAGGCCAACUCAGCCACCUGCACCUCCAUCACCGUUUUCUGGAGGGUCAGCGAGGAGGAUGUCAUCGACUGCUUCCAGGUCAACUACGUAGAAGAAUCUCAUGAAGGUGCAUAUCCUGCUUUUGGUUUGUUUGCUUGUUAUAAUUUCUUUUGGAUUGUGCUGGAUUUAAUCCCAUCUGUGUCAGAGGUGUGCAUAGUGACAGUGAAGGAGAGCUACUGCACUCUGGAGGAGCUGGCCCCAGACAAGUGCUACAGGGUGUGGGUGAUGGCACUGAACUAUGGCGGCUGCAGUUUGCCCAGUGAGAAACAGCCCUUCAGGACUGCUCCCUCUGUCCCAGAGAUCCUUCCGGAGCAGUGUACGGUGUGCUGGGACACGGCCGCCAUCCGCUGGAGCAGCUCCUGCCCGGCUGCAGCAGAGAGCUUCACCCUGGAGUACUGCCGACAGAACACCUGCGAGGGAGAGGGUCUCCGAUCCAUAUCUGGCAUAAAGAACAAUGAACAGAGCGUUCUCCUGCAGCCAAAUGAGAACUAUCUGUUCCACAUCAGAGCAGUGAACUUUGCUGGAGCCAGUGAGCGAAGUGAGGCCGCUUUGAUCUCUACCUCAGGCACCAGAUUCCAUUUGCUAAAGGACACAGCCAGUCCAGGACUGGUGCUGUGCAAGGACAACAUGGUGCGCUACCCAGAGGAGGCUUUCAACAGAAGCACCGCACCCAAUGUGUGUCAGGAAAUUCUGGGAGAGCUGCUCCCUCCCCGAGGAAUACACUACUGGGAGACGAUGGUGGAGGGCAGUGAGGGCUAUAGGAUUGGUGUGGCCUAUCACACCACCGCACGGAAAGGCCAGCUGGGAGAGAACAGCACUUCCUGGUGCAUUCACUGCAUUGCCACGUCAACCAGUCGACGGUACGAGCUGCUCCAUAACAGCACGCAGAUGUCCAUAAUCAUGGCGGAGGUGCCCGCCAGGAUCGGCACUCUCCUGGACUACCUUCACGGGUGUCUGUCCUUCUUCAAUGCCCGGAGUGGGCAACUCUUGGGGUCCUGCUACCACAGGUUCAGUGAGCCCUGCCACCCUGUGCUGGUGCUGGAGAGACCGGGCACCUUGGCACUGCACCCAGUCACGGAGGUGCCUGACUUUGCCAAGUGCUGCUGAAUCUGCCCCCCCCCUCACACUGUUCCAAAUGGGUGUUUCUCAAGGAACAGGGGUGUGGUUCUAUGUUUUCACAUCAGAUGAGAGAGUCUGCGAGUCUAUGUCCCUGGGCUCAUGAAGGCGUGCAGGGUUCAUGUUUUUGUUAUUCUUAUCAUGUGCUGUUUGAGCUGACGUGCCUGCACCCUGCUUUUCUGAGCACGGGCAUGUGUUAUGAGUGAAGUGUGGUUAUAUCACAAUCACUGUACUUGCCAUGCUCAUUUCCAUGACCUGAAUACAGUUGAGCGUAUAACAUUUUUAACCACUGUUUUUCUUUAUGAAGUGUACAUGUUCUGAGAGGGGUUUGUAAAUAAAAACAAUGCAAUUAUGUAUGUAAUGGAAAAAACUAGAAUAUCUUUAGGAUUUUUAAGAUGUAUUUUUUCAGUGUUAGGCAAAGUUGUUUAGGUGUUUACACAAAAGCUGUUUUUUCAUUGUGGAAUUGGUUUGAUUUCAACUUAUUUACAAGUUAAUUGCCAUUGUGAUGCAGAUAAUGAUGUAACUAUGAAAGCUGAGAACUGACCUCGGGACAUCACACUGGCCUGUUUAGUGGCAAGAGAUGAGAUGAUAUUGAUACCUGGCACAGUGUGAGUGUAAUGCAAGCCGUUUAUCAGACUUUUGCUCUGAGGUGUUGAAACUUCCUGGUGAUGAAAGCUUGGGAUAAGCGUGCGCCAGGGUUUUAUUUGGGCACGCUGGAAUGAAAUGUGCAAGUAUAUCCCCGUGAGCAUACUGUCACUUUAAGGGAUUCAGUGCCCCUGCCUCAGUUGAAUACUUUCAGUACAACUGAAAUGGAGUGAAAGUUAACAGGGAAAGCAGUUUUAGCUCAUUUUUAUUUCAAGUUGAAAGUACUAACACAUUUUAUAUUUUAAGUAAUGCAAAGAGCCUUUCAGUUAAAGUGAACACUAGCUGGAGAGGUUGACUUACCUACCUUACCUGGGAAGGUUGACAUACAUCAUUGGUAGGCUUAUUCUGUGUGUACUUGCGUGUACUUACAUAUUAAAUAUUGUGAAAUGCAUUUGAUUUUUAUUUAUUUAUUGGACUUAAAAAAAAUUGUUUCAGAAAGAUACUUUCUUAUGUUCCAGAAAGCACACAUAUACACACAAGGGGAAGUGGGGAAAUUGCUAAUGAUAUUUUAAGUGUAGCAUCUUUUCAAGUUCUGGUUUAUGGAUUGUUUUAUAUGGUGCUCAGGUUUUGUAUUUGUUUGUUGUGAUGUAAUGUAAUGUACAGAACCUGAGAGUAUUACACAUUUAGUUACACCGUUUUUGUGCAAAGAUAUCUGAGGUUAUAGAUAUGCAUCAAAUGAUAUUAAUCAUGAUAUUUUAAGGAAAAUAGAUAAAAGAAAUAUCAUUUUGGGCCUACAUUGGUCACUUAUAUAUUUACAAGCUGAUUGCAUUACUGUCUAAGACUUUAAUUGUUCCCCAAACAAAACAUUAAAACAUGUGCUAUAAAACAAAUAAAUUAAGUACCAAAGUUUCUAUAUUUAAUUUCUACAUACUCAAUUUGACUACAAUAAUUUGUACUCAAACCUAUACCUCUGUUACCCCUUUAAUUUAGUCAAA